UGGAGACAGCUGGACACAGCCGGAGUAGCAGAAGGCCGGCAGCAUGUCCUCUAAACUUCAAUCCACAGGCCCCAAAGCCAAGGACCACCAGCCCUCAGCCCAAGAGAGUCUGCCAGCCCCAAAGGCCAAUGCUGAAGCCAUUCACUUCCUCAGCAACCUCAAGCAGGAGGAGCUGCAGAUGCUGCUAUUCUCCGAAACUCUGGCCAUGGUCUCAGACACGGGGGAGCCUCAGGGAGAGCUGAUCAUUGAGGUGCAGAGAGGGAAUUACGCAGACGAAUCUGGUGUGAUGUCGCACUGCCUCCUCGUGCACGCCUUUAGCCGCAGCUUCAUGGACAAAAUGCUCUGUGGAAACUCCCUCCUGGGCUACCUCUCAUGGAACCUGCAUAUCAUGGAGCAGUGUAGUCAGGAGUUCAUCAAGUUCCGCGUCCUCCCCAUGGAGCGGAAGAUGAGUUUGGUGAAGCAGGACGACCAGCUGGCCGUGACCAGAAGGGUCAAGGAGGGUGAGGAAGUCAAGACCGAAGUGACUUUUGUCCCGGGGAGCUCAACCGUGGGCUUCAUCUCCGAGGCUGCCAACCUGGUGUUGCUGAGGGUGAUGGCCUGGCGGCAGACCGUGCCCAGCAGCGCCCGUUUCCUGGCCUUGGACACGGAGGGCAAAUUCUGCUACUCCACUUACCAAGAUCUGGGCUUCCAGAAGAUCCAGGUGGGCCGCCAGCAGGUGGAAGUGUUCAUCGUGGAGCAGACUGUCCACUCAGUUAAAGGCAUCCCCAAUUCCUGCCAGUUCUACCUGCUCUCGGAUGGGCACCUGGCCAAGAGAAUCCAGGUGGGUUGCCCCGGGUACUGCAUGAUCACCCAGAUGCCUAUCUUGAGGGAGAAGGAUGAGACUGAGCCUGGCCCCGCAUUUGAGAAGAGGCCCCUGGUGUGGGAGGAGGAUAUGGAACUCUACUCGAGGUUCGUGGACCGGAAGGAGGAGCUCCGUCUCAGCCACACCAGCUAUCUGCGGCAGCACCCCGAGGCCCAGGCGCUCAUCUUGGAUUUCCUGCUCUUCCUGUUGCUGCGCCAGCCGCCAGACGUGGUCACCUUCGCCGCCGAGUACUUCGGCCCCUUCGCGAAGCGCCAGCCCCCGAUCCCCGCCUUGCGCUCCUCCCACCGGCCCAGCCCCUUCCGCUCGCUGGACCCCAAGCGCCCGCCGCACUAGGGUCGGCCCCGCGCGGCGUGCGGGGACCGGGCAGGAAGCCGGGUCGUCGCCGAGGACGCAGCGGGGAACCAGAGGGACUCACCCCCGAGGCGCGCCUUCCGAGCUGCGGGUUCUUUGGGGAAUAAAUGGGCCCCACCCCCGCGGUUCUGCUGUGGGCGCGGGAACCUUCCCUGGCCAGAGUCUUGUGUCUUGGCUAAAAAGAGGAACUGUUAACAGAGUUUACCCAGCGUAUUUCACGCUUCUUCCAAGAUGCUGUAAUCAACAGUCCUAUUUUACGGAUAAGAAAAUAGAGGCGCGGAAAGGUUAAGUAACUCACAGAGUUAGUACGUAGCGAGCAGGAGUCAAACCUGGACGUUGAUGCCGAAACCCACACUCUCGGUCACUAGGUUAGUAGGGAUAGAGGGGCAGGGCUUCUGGGUGCCACUAAGCAUAAACCAAAUUACUUCGCUUCCACCCCACCCCCACCCCCCAACCAAGAAAAAGAGCAGGGGCUGGUGGGGGAUCUGGAUCCCCACUGGCCUCGCUCAUCACUUCUGAUGCCUCCCAAAACACGUGGGCGGCCAGUUCUCACACUCUACCUCCUUUUCCAGUGACACACAGGAACCCCCAAACUGCGUGCAGGGUCCCCAGUUACCGGCUCCCUGAGAAAAAAGGAUAGG